GGUCGACAGUCGUCGCGCGCUUGUCGUGUCUUUCGGUCGCGAGCCCUAAAUUCGUCGCUCGCCACUUCGAUGCUGUGAGUUUCCCGCGAUCGCAUUUGGUGUCUUGAAAUUUCCGCGUCCAAUUUUCCCAAUUCCGACUCAUUUCCCGCCUCGAGUGUCGUGUUCGUGUCAGUUCGCUCUGAUAAGUUAAAAUUUCGGAAUAUUCUCGCUCUGGUUAGAUUUCUCUCAGAUUCCGACGUCAAAACCUGGGAAAUCAAGAUGCACGCGAUGUCACCUCCACCAAACCGGAUCAACCGGCAGUUCAAGCGGAGCAUUACAGCUCCAGCCGACCCUUUCGGCACUCGCUUUUCGAUGUCAGAUUUUUCCGACGAGGAAAAUAAAAUGGCGGCUGUCAUGGAAAAUUUCCAGAAGAAAAAUUCUGUUGGAUCAAUCGGCAGUAGACCACACAUAAACGCUCAACAGAUGAUGAACACAACCAAGUCGCGCGUGGCGAAGACCUCGCACUCUUCCACGCAGCGGAUCCACCACAUGUCGAGCGAGAUGAAGUCGCUGAAGGCCUCCGAGCUGGCGGCGCUCUCCUCGGAGAUGUUCCCGAAGAGGCGGACCCAGCACCACGGAGACGUCUCCCUCUCCUCCUCGGACGACGAGUACCACGAGGGCCCGGUCGUCACCUACCCGGAGUCCCCGCCCCCGGUGACCAUGUCCGCCUCCGGCACCCUCAUCCCGGCCACCGGCGGCGCCGCCAACGGCGCCCUCGCCACCGCCACCUCCACGUCCUCGUCGUCGUCCUCCUCGGAGACGGUCAAGUUCGAGAAGAAGCGGAUGACCUCCUCGUCCGAGUCCAAGGUCGUCACCGACGCCUACAGCUCCGAGAAGUCGACGGCCAACUCGGCCGAGAUGCGGAGCCUCCAGGCCGGCGAGCUGAGCUACCAGGAGAACUCGGCCGCUGCCAAGAUGCGGGCCCGGCUCGAGAUGGAUGGGGUGUCCGCCGAGAAGGCUAUGGAUAUGCUCCAGGAGCAGAGGUGCUUAAAGUCCAACGAAAUGAGCCAUGAGGAAUCGCAAAACAUGAGUUCCGCCAGCGUCAAAUUGCAAACUGAGUCGUACAGUGCUGAGAAGAAAGCCAUGGCCUCACAACAGCAAAGGCAGUCUGUCACCUCCACUGGAAUUUUCAACAAAGAAAAGCAUAUAGCUCAGUCGGCACAAUCAAAUAUUACAAUUACAUCUAAAGGAGUAUGCACAAAAUCUCUCAUGACCUCAGCCUCAUCGCAGUUGAGUCAGUUAAUGAAUGGCACAAACAAAACUUUGUCCCUGAAACUUGGAAACACAGAAGAAGAAGUUUUGAAUUCCAAUUUUGAAGACCUAGAAAGGCUGUGCGCUCCCGGUGCCACUCAACAAGACGUAGAAAAAGCAAUCCUGAAGUAUUCACUCUGCCUGGACUCAUUCAUGAAAGGUUUGAGCUCCGGAAAGUAUUCCGAGGCAGAAGCACCUCGAACUCUGAACUGCAUCAACGAAAUGAUGCAAAAAGCAUGGGCUGUCCCAACUCACGGUCAUGAGCUGGGCUACUCUCUCUGUAAUACUCUCCGAAAUUGCGGUGGACUGGAUCUCUUGAUGACCAACUGUUCUUCAACAAAUGAUGACCUGAGGUUCUCCACAGCAAAACUCCUUGAGCAAUGCUUGACCACUGAAAACAGAGCUCACGUCGUUGCCAAUGGUUUGGAAAAAGUUGUCAAAGCAGCCUGCAGCUGCACGAAGAAUACUCACUCAGCUCAGCACUCACGUGUUGGAACAGGGAUUCUCGAACAUUUGUUCAAGCACAGUGAAGGUGCUUGCAGUGACCUCAUUGACCUAGGAGGUUUGGACACAGUACUUUUCGAGUGUAGAAAAAGUGACAUUGAAACAUUGCGACAUUGUGCUGGUGCCCUCGCAAACCUGUCUCUAUAUGGUGGUGCUGACAACCAAGAAGCAAUGAUCCAGCGAAAAGCCCCCAUGUGGCUGUUCCCUCUCGCCUUCAACAACGACGAUCACAUCAAAUACUAUGCAUGCUUGGCUAUUACCAUUCUGGUGGCUAAUAAAGAAAUUGAAGCAGCUGUGCUCCAGUCGGGAACUCUGGAUUUGGUUGAACCAUUUGUUACGUCACAUUCACCCUCGGAGUUUGCUAAGUCCAACGAAGCUCACGCUCAUGGGCAAAGUAAAAACUGGUUGCAAAAAUUAGUUCCCGUUCUCAACUCCAAACGAGAGGAAGCACGGAACUUGGCCGCAUUCCACUUUUGCAUGGAGGCUGGCAUCAAGAAACAGCAAGGGAAGUCCGAUCUGUUCCGUGAGAUUGGAGCAAUUGAACCGUUGAAGAAGGUGGCGAGUUGUCCUAAUGCAAUUGCUUCUAAAUUUGCGGCCCAGGCUUUGCGGUUGAUGGGUGAGGAAGUUCCACAUAAGUUGAGUCAGCAGGUUCCUCUAUGGUCGAUUGAGGAUGUACGCGAGUGGGUCAAGCAGAUUGGCUUCCCAGAGUUUGCAGCUAAUUUUGUAGAAAGUCGAGUUGAUGGUGAUUUGCUACUUCAAUUAACCGAAGAAAAUCUGAAGUAUGACAUUGGAAUAAAAAAUGGACUCAGGCUCAAAGGAUUCAUGCGAGAAAUGAACAACUUGAAAACAAUGGCAGAUUACAGUAGUAGGGACCCGACAAGGCUCAAUGAUUUACUGCAAAAUAUCGGGCCACUCUAUGGAUCCAUGUCAAUUUAUGCUUACUCAAUGUUAACAGCAGGUGUAGACAAAGACUCAUUAAGAAAUUUAACAGAGGAACAAUUGCAGCAGGAGUGUGGAAUAGAAAACAGUAUUCAUCGAGGCAGAAUCAUGGAAGCUAUAAGUGGAAUGAUCAAAGACACACUGGUCUGUUCCUCCGAAAGUGUCGUUGACAAACCUCUAGAUGUCUUCAUAAGUUACCGGAGAUCAAAUGGUUCACAGUUAGCAAGUUUAUUAAAAGUCCACUUACAAGUCAGAAACUUCACAGCAUUUAUCGAUGUUGAGAAACUAGAAGCUGGCAAAUUCGACAAUAAUCUCCUCAAUAGUAUUAGGCAAGCUCGCCAUUUCCUAUUAAUAUUAACGCCCAACGCGCUGCAUAGGUGCAUUGGUGAUACAGAGUGCAAGGAUUGGGUUCACAAAGAAAUAGUGGCAGCUUUAAACUCUCAAUGUAAUAUCAUUCCCAUCACCGAUACAAAUUUUGUGUGGCCUCAGCCAGAAGAACUACCUGAAGAUAUGCGAGCAAUUUGUCACUUCAAUGGUGUUAGGUGGAUUCAUGAUUACCAAGAUGCCUGCGUUGACAAAUUAGUUCGUUUUAUGCAAGGAGAAAUCUCAACACGAGGGAAUAGCGUCUCCUCUUUCAAAGGUGACCCGUCCACUCCGGGCACACCUCACGGCAUGAUGAGAUCGCCACCGUCCUAUAGGCGAAUGCAGUCCAGUGAUAGUGGGAAAAGCAGCGAUAAAGAUAGUGGGGGAAAAGAUUGACUAGAUGUGCGUGGGAGACGGCGGAAGUCUUUCGGUCAAAUGAAUAGCCUGCCCCGGCCUCCUCCAAGUCAAAAGGUCAACAGACUGAUAUCUCCAGCAUCUCGAACUCGCGGCACCGAUGGCUUGGGAACACCUCUCAGCUCCUCGCUGCCUCCAGUUCCGCCAAUGCCCUUGCCCAAAGAAAAUACUUGUGUAAAUAGUGACAACGUCGACAGCGUCUCGGAGAACUCAGCCGACGCUAACCGAAAGCAAAAUUUAAUGGAUAGGUGUGUCAAUAAAUUUAAAAACCUUGUCAAAAAAUAACCGCCUGUGCAACUUAUAAUUUUAAAUGGAUGCACCUGUGAUAAUAUAGAGCAAAGAGCGUCUGAGUUGAAAUGGGUUUAAAUACUCUAAAAAGAUAGAGAUAAGAGAUUCUUUUUUGUAACACUAAAAUUUCUCAGAAGAGAUUGUAGCUGAUCAAAUCUCGGUCUUGUUCACAUAAAUCCAAACUCAAAUUCUCUUUGCUCUAAUCGUUUUUAACUCCAGAUUGCAAUUUAUACAUUUGAUGAAUAUGACACAGCAAACUAUGUAUCAUGACUUUUUCCUGUUUUUUUUCCAAAAACUUGUGUAUGAGACACAAAAGCCUUGUUUUACUUUUUAUUCUUUGAUAGUGAAAGGGGUCUCCCAUUUGAACGAACUCUGUUAAAAGUUGUCCAGAAUAAUUUUUCCAGAUUUUAUGUGAAAAUUUCCGCCAAGGAAAAUGUAUCCUAUCUGUAUUACUAUAUUUUAACUAUACAGUAGGCAAAUUUCUGGUGUUCCUGCAUGACCUAAGUUUCAGUUUUUUGAAUACCUUGCCUUUACUAUGUAUUCUCGUGAAAUUAGUUUCAUUAAAGAAAAAUUCAGUUCUCAAAUUUACCAAAUUAUCAAAUGAGAGUUGCACUAAUGUUGCACAGAUGCCAAGGUUCAUUGAUUAACAGUUUGAGAAUUUCAGCUUCUCAGCCGUCUAUGAAAAUUAAAUCUGAGUCAUUCUGGAUUUUUCGUUCUCUUUUUUGGUUGUGUUAUUUAUUUAUUUUUAAUCAUUGACGUUAUUUCUUAGUUUAUGUUUGUAUUUUUCUUAUAUGGUAGGUAAGUAACUUUUCCCAACUGUGAUAAUUCAAGUGCAUCGUGUUGACGCGAAAAAUAUUUCACUAUGUAAAUAAAUCUGUAUCGUCAUUCAGUUUGAUACUAGAACGUCGUUACUUUACGGUAUGUUUUUCAAAAGGCCCCAAGUUGAAGUCAGUUAUAAACUGUUCUUGGUAGCUUGCUUUUUUUGUGACAUUUUUUCUCUAUCUUCUUUCAAAGAACAAAGUUCUUUUUCUCUCCCUCGACCUUUAGAAAAAAGGACUUUUUCUCUAUCGAAUUUUGUUGUCAUUUUUGACCUAAGGCUAAAAAUCUCGACCUGUGUGCUGUGUCAUUAAUUUUCUUAUUUGCAUAACAUUUUUACGUAAUAAAAAUUUUUUGAAGAAGGCGAUCUGAUAAGAACAUAGUUCUCUACGUAUUUUGCACUGACUCUUAGUAUUGGUAGGUAUGACCGCCCACUUUUGAGUCUUUGCGUUUAGUUCUUGAGUUUUAUUAUUCUCCUCCAAGUGUGCUUUCGAGAAACUAUUUCCAGUAUUGGACACGGUGUUUUGGGUCAAUAGUAUGAAUUUAUUUUUGAUAGCUAAUCAAACUUGAUUGGAAUGAAGAUAAUUCAAAAGUAUUGAUAGAAACAAAGCUUAAAACACUCGUCCCCAAUUAUUAGCUCCAAAAUUGGAAUUAGUCCUCAUUUGCUGCUUUUGUGUCUUGAUUGAUUUUGUCGAUCUUUGAGUAUUUUUUUUUUAAAAAAAACCAAGGUAUUUCUGUACCUCUUUGUAAAUAUUUCAUCUUUUUUCAGGCUUAUUUUUCUAAACACUGUUAAGUAUCAGAUUCAUACCAAUAUUUGUGAAAUUUGUUUAAUUACCUUUAUUUUAAGGAGCCUCACACUGACUUUAUGAGAUUCAAAUCCAGUAACUGUAAUUCAAUUUUUAAGUCCACUCAAAAAUCAACCUAUUACUUCUAUUAUCAUAUUAUAAGCACACUUUUUUCAUACAAGAACCUGAUUCAAGAGUAUUCUUUGUUAAUUUUUUGAAUAAAAAUGAGCGUCUGAUUGAAA